AUGGGCGGACACAAACGCAGAGAUACACUAGACAGGAAGUCGUCAUCGUCUGCAGUUAGUUCAGACUCAGAUCAGCACCAAAAAGCAUCUGGAGCUUCAGCCUCUGUAGCUGAGAUCAGCCUUGGUGAAGUGAUCUUUGAAUGUGCUGCUGAGUUGAAUGACUCUGAUGCCUCUGUUGAGAGCGGUGGUAAGUACAGUACAUACAGCUCUUCAGGGGUUUGUUCAGUAGGUGCAGAAGAAGAAAUCCUGACCGAUGAAGAAAGCCCAGAGGAUCCAACCACCACCGUUCAUUUCUUCAACAUCCUGAACCAUGAAGAGAGUUUUGAUUGUUGCUACACUGUGGGAGAGCUGCUGGGAGAAGGAGGCUGUGGUGCGGUUUAUGCUGGAGUUUGUAAUGCAGAUGAGAAACAGGUUGCCGUGAAAUAUGUACUGAAGGAUCCCCGCGACAGAUUCAUCACUAUUCCUGGAGAGACGUACCCACUUCCUGCGGAGGUGGCGUUAAUGAAGAUGGUAUCCAAGCCACCUCAGUGUAAUUCUGUGCUGAAGCUACUGGACUGGUUUGACACGCCCGAGUACUACAUCCUAAUCCUGGAGCGACCCAUCCCCUGUAUGGACCUCUUUGACUUCAUUGAACAAUUCCCAAUGAAUGAACUUGUGGCUCAGCUCAUCAUGUGGCAGGUGGUUCUGGCUGCAAUUCACUGCCACGAUUGUGGAGUUUUUCACCGGGACAUCAAGCCAGAAAAUCUUCUGGUGAACACCGACACACUGGAGGUCAAGCUGAUCGACUUUGGCUGUGGGGACUUACACAAGGAAACAGCGUACACCUCAUUUUCAGGCACUAAGUCAUACGCUCCACCUGAGUGGAUAGUUGAGGAGGAAAUGUAUGGCUGCCCUGCUACUGUGUGGAGUCUGGGCGUACUCCUGUACUCCAUAGUUUGUGGAGAGAUGCCGUUCGGGGACGAAGAGGAGAUUGUUGAUGGGAGCCUGGACUUUUUACCUGAACUUUCUGAAACUUGCUGCCAUCUGAUAAGUAGGUGUCUGGAAAAAAUGCCUGAAAAACGUCUCAGCCUUACAGAAAUCCUUCAGCAUGAGUGGUUUUCAGAGAACAGUAUGAGGUUAGGGCAGCUGUAUGGAUGAAGAUUAUAGAAAGAAGACUGUGUGUGUGUGUGUGUGUGUGAAAGACCAUGAAUAAAAAUAAAUGUUCUUGUGUAAA